AUGGGCUGGCUGGAGGCUGUGUGUACAGCAGUUGUUCGAUAUUUCUUUCAAUUUUUCUGGACUUCUCUAACUGCCGUUCACCUAUUGAAAGAUAGGUUAUUGUAUAGAAACGUAGUUACCAAAGCUUAUCCUAAGCCAAAGUGUCUGGAAGGAUGGUGUUCUCAUUUCAUUCAAUUAGAGGGUGUAACUCUCCACUACGUCCAAAGUGGUCAGAAUGAAAAGCCACUUCUACUUAUGAUCCAUGGUUUUCCUGAGUUUUGGUACUCAUGGAGAUACCAACUCAAAGAAUUUCAGAGAGAUUAUAGAUGCGUUGCUAUUGAUAUGAGAGGAUACAAUUUAUCUGAAAAGCCUAUCGGCGUGGAAAAUUACUGUCUUGACAUUCUAGCCAACGAUAUUCAGCUAGUUAUCAGAAAAUUAGGAUAUCAAAGAGCAAUCGUUAUGGCUCACGAUUGGGGAGCAAUUGUUGCUUGGCAGACUGCAAUGAUGUUUCCUGAAGUAAUCGAAAAGCUUGUAAUUUGUAAUGUUCCUCAUCCAAAAGCCUACGAAAUAAGUUUUAAACAGUUGUUGAAAAGCUGGUAUAUAUUUAUGUUUCAAUCUCCCUAUAUCCCUGAAUGGAGCGUUGCAAAUCGAGACUUCCGCAUGCUCAAUGCGAUGUUUAGAGGACGGAAAGGUGGUUUGAAAAAUCGUCAGAACUUCACAGAAGAAGAUCUCCAGGCUUGGAGAUACGUAUUCAGUCAAGAAGGUGCUCUGACUCCCCCUAUCAACUUUUACAGAGCAUUGUUUUCUGCGCCAUCAAAAUUCAGAACUUCCGAACUGAUUCAGCCACCUGUUCUUAUCGUUUGGGGAACAGGAGAUCCGUUUCUAACCAAAGAAAGUGCGAAGAAAAGUGUGCAGUUCUGUAGGUCAGCUCAACUCUACUUGUUAGAAGGAAUAUCUCAUUGGGUUCAGCAAGAUGAACCUCAAAAAGUAAAUGCACGUAUUCGCAAGUUUCUGGAUGAGAACUCCAAGUUGUGA